AUGCGCCCUCUUCAACAUGCUGUCCUCCGUAACAGCCAUGUCAUCUCACCAAAAGUUCUCAUGGUCGCGAAUCGACAACAUACUACAAACACAAAACUCGCCAACAAGUCAUCAUGGACUCAUCCUAUAUAUACCCGAGAAGAGAUCCUCGCCGUCCGAACAGCCCAUCACAAAGCACACACCUGGCAAGAUAAGGUAGCACUUGGCUCUGUUCGGUUCCUACGAUGGGGCAUGGACCUUGUCACAGGAUAUAAGUCACAGUCUUCCGUCGGAUCGAACACAAAGACAUACGCCAUGUCGGAGGAGAAGUGGAUUACACGAUUUAUUUUCCUGGAAAGUGUCGCCGGCGUCCCUGGAAUGGCAGCUGGGAUGCUCCGUCACCUUAAGAGCCUGCGAAAGAUGAAGAGGGAUCACGGGUGGAUCGAAACACUUCUAGAAGAGGCCUACAAUGAGCGCAUGCACCUACUCACCUUCCUCAAACUGGCAGAGCCAGGGCCUCUAAUGCGACUCAUGGUCCUCGGCGCACAAUGCGUAUUCUUCAGCGGCUUCUCUCUCGCUUAUAUGAUCUCCCCACAAAUCUGCCAUCGAUUCGUCGGAUAUCUCGAAGAGGAAGCUGUGAUCACCUACUCAAAAGCAAUCACUGAUCUCGACAAUGGCCAUCUCCCGCAAUGGGAGAAACUGCAAGCUCCCCAGAUGGCUAUCAAAUACUGGCAAAUGCCCGAGGGCCAGCGGUGUAUUCGAUCGCUGCUGUUGUAUGUACGCGCGGAUGAGGCGAAGCAUCGGGAGGUCAAUCAUACACUCGGGAAUCUGAACCAGACGGAUCCUAAUCCGUUCUCGGCUAAGUUCAAGGUCCAGGAUGCGCUGCCUCAGCUGCAAGUUGAGGGUGCGAAGAAGGACGUCUAA